CUGCCCGGGGGGAAAGAGCCCUGAACAGCGCUUGCUUGACAGUGGCUCGUUUGUCAAUAUCGAAACUUUGUUGAAGAAGCUCGAAUUUGUUCAAGGCGGCCUCGCUUCGAAACCCUCCAGACUCGGUAGAUUGAACCCACCCAGACGCGCCCCGACAUCCCUAUUCACUUCGGCUUCUGUGUAUGAUAUCAAGCAAAGCGUGUCCUACUAUGCCUGCGGGCAGAGACACUAUCCGAAGGAACGAACGCACCCAGUAAAUUGGCCGGGAGAUACUCAUCGCAAUGGGGAACAGUAAUGGAAAGCCGGUUUCCUUUUCUGAUGAAGUGAACCUCAACCAUUUCCGCUUACUGCGUGUCGUCGGGAAGGGGGCAUUCGGAAAGGUCAGGAUUGUAGAGAGGAAGGAUACGCAACUCACCUUCGCCUUGAAGUACAUCCGCAAAGAUGAGGUUGUGCGGUCAGAGAGUGUGCGGAAUAUAUUGCGGGAGAGGCGGAUGCUGGAGCAUUUGAAUUACCAGUUCAUUUGCAAUCUGCGGUAUAGCUUCCAGGACAUCGAAUACAUGUAUUUGGUGGUAGACUUAAUGAAUGGUGGCGACUUGCGAUUUCACAUUUCGAGGAAGACCUUCACAGAAGAAGCAGUCCGAUUCUGGAUCGCCGAACUGGGCUGUGCCUUGAGAUAUAUUCACAAGCAAGGAAUUAUACACAGAGACGUGAAGCCGGACAAUGUUUUACUGGAUUCUGAAGGUCACAUUCAUCUUGCGGAUUUUAAUGUCGCGUCCGACUUCACCCCCGGAAGACCUCUGACAAGCAAAUCCGGUACGCUCGCAUAUUUGGCACCAGAAGUUUACAAAGGACAUGGCUACGGUCCAGGCGCAGACUGGUGGUCUCUAGGUGUUUUGUUCUAUGAGUGCAUUUACAAUAAGCGACCUUUCGAGGGCAGCACCCAAACAACAUUAGCGACACAAAUUACAAAGGCCAGCCCGAGUUUCCCAAUCACCGCACCCCCUGUAACCAUGCCUUGUCUACAUGCCAUUAGCUCUGCGCUCGAGGAAGAUCCAGCAAAGCGGAUGGGAGCCGCCAGUUUCCACAGCUUUACUGACAACCCCUUCUUUCGAGCCAUUGACUUUGAAGCGCUUGAGAGGAAGGAGGUUGAGCCCGUGUUCGUCCCAUCUUCUGAGAAGACCAACUUUGAUGCUACCUAUGAUCUCGAAGAGCUGCUUCUCGAGGAGGCGCCAUUGGAGGCACGAGCACGAAGACAAAAGCCCAGAGAACCCUUGAAGGAGGAUGCAUCAGAGAAGGAAAUCAGGGAGGACGACCUCUAUAAGAUGAUCGAGACGCAAUUUACGCCGUUCGACUACACUACUGCAGCGUAUGAGAGGUACGCCGGAGCCUUAGACCCGAAUUCCUCUCCGACAGACUGGACUCAACCACCACCAAUGACUCCUUCACAAAACCAGGUAGAUGGAAGUGGCGCCAGAUCGAUAGGCAGACGCUCUACCUCCAGGAGACGAAAGGCCUCAGGUCAACCCACUUCUCUCUCCGGAUCGCCACCAAUGCCAUCGCAACAUCCGCCUCUUCCAAACGGACAAGGCUCGAGCCCCCAGUCAGGGACUUAUCGACAGGCAUCAAGUAGUCACUCGACUAAGGCCAAAACCCCCCUUUCGCCUUAUCAGGCUUCGUACAAUCGCCAGCAACGACCAACAGGAACCCGAAAGGAGUCUACUAGUGGUGGUAUGCAGGUUACAUUGGAUGAGAUGGGAAGCUGGUCUGAGCUUGCGAAACAAGACGCUACUUUACCAGCGGAUGCCAAGCUCGAAGCUGCCGCGAAGCCUUCUGGAGGCAUGCUCUCGUUCCUGGGCAGAAAGAAGGGUAGAGGACAUAGUCCCAAGCCGCAAGAACGUGGAAUUUUGGGCAAGGAAGGCGCGAGGGUGGUUAUAAGCAGCGGAGAAUGAAGUCCUCGUUCCACGAUUCUCAUUUAAAUACAAUAGCGAAUGAGGGUUGGUGAAGUACUCUCCGAUAUAUGACGAAGGAGGCUUGGUU